GGGCGGGGCCCUGGUGACGCCAUCCUCCCGGGGAAGGAAAAGCCUCGGCGGAGGGACCCGGGUCCGAGCAGAAGCUGUUGCGUCAGAUCAUCCAGGGCCGAGAUCAGCGCUGGGGAAACCCCUUGUCCGAAAUGGCAUCGGAGAGCGGGAAGCUGUGGGGCGGCCGGUUCGUGGGCUCCAUCGACCCCAUCAUGGAGAAAUUCAACUCGUCCAUCUCGUACGACCGGCGCAUGUGGGAGGCCGACAUCCAGGGCAGCAAGGCGUACAGCAAGGGGCUGCAGCAGGCGGGGCUCCUCACCAAAGCGGAGCUGGACAAGAUCCUCCAGGGCCUGGACAAGGUGGCUGAGGAAUGGGCCAUCGGCACCUUUGCCCAAAACCCCAACGACGAGGACAUCCAUACAGCAAACGAACGGAGGCUAAAGGAGCUCAUCGGGGAGACCGCGGGGAAACUGCACACGGGACGCAGCCGGAAUGACCAGGUAGUCACAGAUCUGAGGCUCUGGAUGCGAAAGUCCUGCUCAUCCCUCUCCUCCCACCUCCGGACACUCCUCAUGACCAUGAUGGAGCGGGCUGAAGCGGAAAAAGAUGUGCUCUUUCCAGGCUAUACCCACCUACAGAGGGCUCAACCCAUCCGCUGGAGCCACUGGAUCUUAAGUCACGCUGUUGCCUUGUCCCGAGACCUGCAGCGUCUGCUGGAGGUGAAGAAAAGAAUUGAUGUGCUGCCCCUGGGGAGCGGGGCCAUUGCCGGCAACCCCCUGGGAGUGGAUAGGGAGCUGCUCCAAAGAGAGUUGAAUUUCAGCGCCAUCACCCUCAACAGCAUGGACGCCACCAGCGAGAGGGACUUUGUGGCCGAGUUCCUCUUCUGGGGCUCUCUAUGUAUGACACACCUCAGCAAGAUGGCAGAGGACCUGAUCAUUUACGGCACCAAGGAGUUUAGCUUCGUCCAGCUAUCCGACGCCUACAGCACGGGGAGCAGCCUGAUGCCCCAGAAGAAAAACCCAGACAGCCUCGAGUUAAUCCGGAGCAAAGCGGGAAGAGUCUUUGGCCGGUGUGCCGGGCUUCUGAUGACCCUCAAGGGACUUCCAAGCACAUACAACAAGGACCUACAGGAGGACAAAGAGGCCGUCUUUGAAGUCUUUGACACCAUGAAUUCUGUGCUACAAGUGGCCACCGGCAUCAUCUCUACCAUGAAGAUCAACAAGGUGUGCAUGGAGGAGGCUCUCAGCCCGGACAUGCUCGCCACGGACCUCGCCUACUACCUCGUCAGGAAAGGGAUGCCAUUCAGGCAGGCCCAUGAGGCCUCAGGAAAAGCGGUCUUCAUGGCGGAGACCAAGAAGCUGGCCCUCAACCAACUCUCUCUGUCAGAGCUGCAGACCAUCAGCCCCCUGUUCUCCGGUGAUGUGAGCCACGUGUGGAACUACUCCAACAGCGUGGAACAGUACAAGGCCCUGGGUGGGACGGCCAAGAGCAGCGUGGAAUGGCAGAUUCAGCAGCUGAGGGACUUGCUGCGGACCCUGCCCCAAUAGGGGCCCCAGCCAGCCUCUGCCCCACCUCACAGAGCCCGGGGACUCGGCUGUCAUCCUGGUGAAGGCAGGAGAGGGGCCGUGGCGGAGACGGUGUGGGGCCGGGGGCAGCAGGGACUCCCUGAGAGCUGGGACAUCCGGGGCAAGUGACUUGACUUUCCAGGGCCUCGGCUUCCUGGUCUGUAAAAUUCUAGUUCUGAAUCUACAGGCUUAUAUUUCCCCUUUAUCAUAAAGCAUUUCAUGGGCUGGGGUGCAGGGGGACAAAGGAAAAGAGAGAUGGGCAGGGGAAGGAGCGGAGGCCCCUGACCUACCUCCCUUUCCAUGUUCUCCCUCCUGGAUCCUCAGUGACUCCCCCACCUCAUUUACUGCCCCGGCCUCUCCCUCGCCCCCAAAUCGGAGAGCCCGAUGCCGGCCGUCGUCCC